AUGGCUUGUGUUCAGGCGAGAAAAAUUCUAAGCCUCUGGCUCCGUCUCACACUUGUACCGAUAUUUGUUUUUGCUAAUCCGCAAUUAGAUUUGCCACCCCUACCACAAGUAUCAAGUACUCAAAGGAACCCCUACGGUUUCGGUAUAUCAAGUACGCAGUCGAACUUACCUAGUAAUUUCGACGCGAACAGAAACUUCCAAUACAGUACAGCGCGGCCACAAGCUGUGUCUUCUGGUUAUCCAUCAACGACCAUCAGUGGUAUCACCCCGGUGAUCAGCAAUAACGGUUAUCCCAUCAACUUUGGAAGCGGGCCGAGCUCGACCCUUAGACCGUUUGACGAUAGAAAUCGCGACGACCGCAUCGAUAUAAACAGUGAUCCAAAUUUUCGCCGGAAUGAUCCAAAUUUUGCCCGCAACGAUCCAAACUUUGUAGGCGCGAGUCCCUUUGAUAUAAAUAGAGAUUUUAAUACGAAUAGCAUCGAUAACAGGGUGAAUCAAGUGAGCUUGAAUCAGAUAAGGGAUUUUCUAAAGCAAGCUGAUGAACAGGCUUCGAAGGAGUGCACGAACAAUGUUGCAGCGCAAUGGAAUUUCGAAACCGACGUAAAUGAUGCAACGCAACAUGCUGCGCUUGACGCCCAACAACGUUACACGCUUUUCCAACGUGGCUUGUGGGAAGUGGCCCAACAGUUACCCAGAGGUGGGAUAAGAGAUUUCCCAACAUUUAGACAAUUGCGGCUGCUGUCUAUCAUUGGACCCGCUGCUCUUCCACCGGAUCAGUUAGACAGAUACAAUAGGAUAAUAAACGACAUGCUAGCUGUUUACAACACAGCUGAGAUAUGCGCAUACAACGAGCCCUUCAAGUGUGGACUGCAUCUUCAGCCUGAUCUUCAACACAUUAUGUCCCAUUCCCGAGACUGGGACGAACUUCAGCACGCCUGGACCGAAUGGAGGAGGAACACAGGGAGGAGGAUAAGAGACUUGUAUGAACAGCUCGUGGAUUUGACAAAUCAAGCUGCGCGACUAAAUAAUUUCACAGAUGCAUCAGCUUACUGGAUGUUUCCCUAUGAUACUUUCAAUUUGAGAGAAGAGGUGGAUCAAGUUUGGGAACAGGUUAAGCCCUUGUACGACCUCUUACAUGCCUAUGUACGUCGACGACUUCGAGAGGCCUAUGGACCCGAGAGGAUCUCUAGAUCCGCUCCUAUCCCCGCUCAUGUCUUGGGAGACAUGUGGGGACAAAGCUGGAGUGGUAUUGUGCCAUUCACCCUUCCGUAUCCGGGAAAGAAAUUAGUUGAUGUGACGCCGGAAAUGAUUCGACAGGGCUUUACUCCGUUGACCAUAUUCCAACUAGCUGAAGAGUUCUUCGUGUCUAUGAACAUGUCGGCUAUGCCUCCAGACUUCUGGGCUCUCAGUGUACUGGAACAACCGGCUGAUAGACAGAUACACUGUCAGCCAUCUGCGUGGGACUUUUGCAACCGACAUGAUUAUCGAAUUAAAAUGUGCACACACCCAGAUAUGAAAGAUCUUGUCACUGCGCAUCAUGAAAUGGCACAUAUAGAGUAUUUCUUGGCGUACAGAAACCUACCGAAAGUAUUUCGUGAUGGAGCCAAUCCUGGUUUUCACGAAGCCGUUGGAGAAACUAUAGCUCUUUCCGUCUCUUCACCUCGUCAUCUCCAAACCCUUGGUCUUAUCCAACGGUCUAUAGAUGAUACAGCCCAUGACAUCAACUAUCUCUUCACACAAGCGAUGGAUAAACUCGCCUUCCUUCCCUUCGCUUUGGUCAUGGAUCGUUGGAGAUGGGACGUUUUCACCGGGGACAUAAGAAAGGAACAGUACAACUGUCAUUGGUGGAGAUUGAGGGAACAAUACCAAGGAGUGAAACCACCUGUUCUUCGCUCAGAGCUCGACUUCGACCCUGGAUCCAAAUACCACAUACCAGCCAACAUUCCCUACAUACGGUAA